GAGAGCUCCGCUGUCUGCUUGGGAGAGUCGCACUGGGAGCGCCAAGGAGCAAACACAGACAGCAAAGAUGACAGUGGAGAGGAUGUUCGACGAGUAUGGACACUUCAAAAGGUUCCAGGCUUGUCUGUAUUUUGCUGCUGUCUUCCAGGCCACAGCAUGUGGAAUCCACUACCUUGCCUCAGUUUUUCUGGUCGAGACUCCAAACUUUGUGUGUAGUGUGCCAGGCAACAUCACCGAUGUCCUGUAUGGUAAUAUAACUGGAUCCAGUCUGGAAAGUGUCUUGCCAGUCAUCAAGCCAGUUGGCGGGCCUUUGGUGGUUCGAACAUCCGAGGGGGAGCAAUGGGAACUCAGCCGGUGUCGCUCCGCCCUGCGCAUCAAUCCCCAGGACUUUACAUACGAUUUUUAUGGCAACAAAACUAUGAAAGACUGCAGUGGGAACUUUGUUUACGACCACACCGAAGUUCAUAAUAGCAUUGUGACAGACUGGGACUUGGUGUGUGAAAAGGAGUGGCUGGCCAAGCUGUGCCAGCCAACUUUCAUGCUUGGAGUGCUGAUUGGAGCACUGCUGUUUGGGGACACUGCUGACAGAAUUGGUCGAGUAAAGAUUCUGAUGAUCACAAGCCUGUGUCAGUUUGCAUUUGGGGUGGCCGUGGCAUUCUCUAUGAACUACUACUAUUUUGUGGUGCUUCGCUUUCUGCUGGCCAUGGUGUCCAGUGGCUACCUGGUUGUUGUGUUUGUGUAUGUGACAGAGUUCACGGGCAGCAAGGUGCGUACAUGGACCGCUAUGCACAUCCAUGCAGCCUUUGCAGUUGGCGUCAUGGUGGUGGCUCUGAUGGGUUACCUGGUCCGAGUCUGGUGGAUCUACCAGAUCAUCCUCUCCAUAUGCACCUCACCCUUUUUGCUGUUUUGCUGGAAGUUCCCAGAGACGCCUUUCUAUUUAAUGGCCAAGGGCCGUUAUCAAGAGACUCAGGCCCUCCUGGACACAAUAGCCCGAUUCAACGGACUUGAGUGCCGACUCAAGGCGGAGGAUCUGCUGGAGCCAAUGAAGACGGAGAAUGGCAAAGCACUGCUAGAGAAGGAGGAAGAGGAGAGGCCCUCACAACCUGAGAAGAAACUAUCCAUCCUGGAUCUGUUUUGUAGCAGGAGGAUGGCAGUCCGUACUUGCACAGUGUGGGCCAUCUGGUUCAUCGGCAGCUUGGGCUACUAUGUCUUCUCUCUAGGUUCAGUGAAUCUGGGAGGAAACCAAUAUGUUAAUCUUUUCCUGGCUGGGGCUGUGGAGCUCCCUUCUUAUCUGGUUGGCUGCUUUGCAAUGGACCGGAUUGGGAGGAAGAAGACAUGUGCUCCGGCUCUGCUUCUGGCCGGGGUUGCUUGUAUGCUCAUCAUCGUGGUUCCUACUGAAAUAGAGUCUCUGGCCAUCGCUCUCAGUAUGAUUGGAAAGUUUGCUGUGGCGAUUGCCUUUGGCCUCAUCUACCUGUACACCUGUGAGCUUUACCCUACUGUCAUCAGAUCCCUGGCAGUAGGUAGCGGCAGCAUGAUGUGUCGUGUUGGCAGUGUUGUGGCUCCUUUCUGCGUCUACCUGGCUGAUGUCUGGGUCUAUCUACCUCAGAUCAUUGUAGGAAUCCUGGCAUUCAUAAUUGGAGUGCUUACUUUGCUCUUACCCGAAACCUUGGGCAAACCUCUCCCCACCACUUUGGAAGAGGCUGAAUCUCUUGGAAGCAACCCCAGAAAGAAGAAUUCAAGCCCUGUCAACAAAGAUGCAGGGGAUGGGAUGGAGCUAAACCAACAUGAAGCUAAAGCCUGAGCUUUCUCGCUGCUGGGAAACCAGGCCAUAAGAGGAAAAGAACUGAAGAAUGAGAGACAAACAACCUAUCAAUAGUUUACUGUACUGGUGAAAAAAAAAAGCUUUCAUCAAAUUAUUGGAGCUAAGGUUUGUUUUUAGUGGACAUUUUUUUUUGCAAACUGACCAACAAUUCAGUACAAAAUGGGGCCCUGAGGACUUUUCACCUCAACAUCUUCUGCUUACCUACAUGGGUCAAUGUUUGAUCAACGAAACAGUAUGAAUGUGUGAAUUUUAAGUACAUAUUCUGAGACCACAGGAAAAUUAAUAAUACUUAAAGGGUCAGAUCAAUUUUAGUAAUGUUCUUGACGCUGAUUUUUAAAGACUACAAUGAUUGGACGGAUAGAGAUGCCUGCAGAAUUAUAUUUAUCGUAAUUAUUUAAGUUAAAACAAAAUAGACUAAUUGCUUUACAAGUAAGUUAUUUGAGAUAUAGUUUAGCCUGUUUGCACUGUGGAAUGUAUCAUAAUAGAACAAGUGCCUUUUUUACUAAUUAAUCUCAGGGCAUUCAGACUACUGUGAACAACUUAAAGUAUUACAGUUUAACAUCAGUUUGACAGCCUCAUUGGGCCUUGAACCCAUAGACGGGUUUACGAGUUGUAUAUGUGGGUAUGUUUUCCAGUUUAAUCUGUUGUUGAGAACUAGUUCAGUUUUUCUCAUGCUUGUAUUCUGUUUGCAAUCUGUAUGCUUGACAUAUUCAAGGAUAUGCACGUCAUUACUGUGUUUGGGAGCCAGGAUAUAAUCUCCAGAUGUUUGGACCAAAUCCAGGAACAAACUGUCGUGUUGAGGUGAUGUGUGGCUUCCUAUAGCCAUAGAGCGCUUUAGGAGGGUAAAUUAUAAAAUUGAAGCAUUGGUGCUCAGAAGUCAGAUCUACAAUCAUCACAAAUGGCUUCAUUGCCUUUGUUUUUAUCAUAAUAGUGGAAUACAUGUAUUACACUGAGAAUAUAUUCUUCCUCAUGCCUACCGUAGAUUUGUUUUUCAAUUUUUUUUAUGUUUCUGCUUUAGGAAACAUAUUUUACAAUGGUAUCGAGAAGAGAAAAUAAAUCUAAAUAAAGACUGUUUCAUAAAUACCACAUCCACAGCUUAUUUGAAUGUCUUCUGCUAGAAAAAAAAGAAGGGACAAAGCUAUUCAGUGAAAUAAUUUUUCUAUGCUCUUUUGUGAUCAUCUUACAUACACUCUUUCCUGGUUGUUGCAGCAGACGAAGUUCAACUGCAGCAGUUGCAGAAAGUUCACUCUCUCUGCAUCACCUUUCACAUGAAGUAAAUCUUUGUAUUCAGCCUCUGAGUGGAAAACUGCACAUGGAUUACCUGAAAAGUCUGUACCAGUGUUUACAUUUGUGUGGAUGGAAAAAUUUAAAGAAGUCUGCUACAGUUGGGGCUUAGAUUUUCCUGCCAAUGAUAACCACUCCUUCUGUCCACUGAUGGAAAUUAGUGCAGUAUACAUAAAUUACACUGUACUGGAACAGGAAACUCAAAAGCAUAAAAACAAGAAAAUGUUUAAUUCCACUAGCCACGCCCAUUCCUUAUUACUGCCAGUUCUGUGGAAUCAGGAAAUUGCUAAAAUAGAACCUGACUGACGACAUGAAACAGGCAAAAAAUAUCUUAAACAGCAAUACUGUUCUUAAAUAAAUUGAAGAACAGUUGUUUGGGACAGCACUUUUCUUUCUCCCUUUUACAUCCUAUUCCAUUAAGCAAGCUGUUUCAAUCCUCUAUAUCAGACUCCAUAUUCAGACUGCUACAGAAAUUGUGUGUUUCAGUGGCCUUUUCAUUAACAGCUUUGGAUUUUUCACUCAAAUCUGAGAAUUUGUAUCUUUACAGCAUUUUACAGGUUCAACACUUUUUUUUUUCUUUUGCACUGGAUCUGACUCAAAGAACAGUAUUAUUUAUUUAUACAUUAAACUCGCAGUCAUAAAAGGUCCCUACAUAAAGUCUAAAGAAUCAGUAUAAAGGUAUGUCUACUAAAAAAAAAAAAAAAAGUUUUAAGAAAGAAAAUAACAGGAAGUGACAUUAUGGUAUAAGUUCUCCCUUCUUUGUGAAAAAGAGACCUGUAUAGAGCUUUGGUAAGAUGAGAUAAGCUGGAGCAGGAUAGCCACAACAACAACAAAAAAUAAUGUUUGCAAAAAUACAUUCUUAGCCAAAAAAGCUCCAAAUUUAAAGGACAUUUAUCUCAAAAGCCUUAAAUGAUAAAAUGAAUUUAUUAUGAACCAGUUUUCCACUGUAGACACAUUGAAAUGGCAUGUAUAGUCUCAUCACUUUGAGAAACAUGAUACACGCUAAACACUGUUUUCCUUCCUGAGAAUUUUAUCUUGAAUGCAAAUGAUUACAAAAUAAUAAAUUAAAUUGAUAUGAAAUAAAACACUUAAAACAUAAAUGCAACAAUACCAAGAAGACAGGUGAUGGAAGUUAUGAGGUGUAGGUUAAGUCUGUAGUUGACAUGUUAGCUUAUGGCUAUGUGGAUUUUAUACUACUUCUACCAGUAGCUAAUGUAAAAUGAUAAAAAAAAAAAAAAAGUUACUGUAAGCUGACUUAAACAGAUAACUCAAGU